CAUAGUUGAAGGCGGAAAGCGCGACUUCCUGCGUCCCAUUUUUCAGGAAACGUAAACACCUAUCCUGAAAUAGAUCUGAAGACACGGCGAGACUUAAACUCGCGCUCGAUUAUUUUAGACGGCGGUCGUUAAACAAUCAAAAUGGGUCAACGACCUUUCACUCGACGAUAUGUUUACGAAGGCAUCGCGGACACACGUGGGCCCCGGCUGUGCCACGCUGUGCCAGGAAUCGGGAAUCAUCCCAGCUGAAGUCAAAAGGUCGGGGAGUGCAAGUCAGCGCGCCGCCGCCGGGCGGUCUUGUCCUGCCCUUGAGGUCGUCAUGGCAACGAAUGACAAACAUUGUCAGACGCAGCCCGGCGGCGAGAAAGCGAACGUAAUUUACGGCGAGGAUGCGGUCAUGUUCGACGAGAGCGUAGUGGUGGAGGGGCAGGAAGUAGACAGCUCCGGGAGCUCCGAGGAGGGCGCCGUACGGGCCGCCAUGAGCAGGUUCCAGCCGCCGGCGCGCCACACUGCAAGGCACGACUUCCACUCGGACAGCGACAGCGACAGCGAGCCCGGCGCCGGUGACAUACCCGCCCGGCUGCCGCACCACCAGUCGCCGCAAAGGAGAGCGAAGACACCCGAAAAGCGCGAGGCAGGCGGCGGCGAUCGGCCGCGCCCCGGCCCGCAGCGCCGCCGCGACACCUCACACUCUGAUUCUGAUAGCGGCGAGGAUGUGGCGGUGCGCGAUAUGCCGGGGCGCGCGCUGCCCGUGGAGGGCGCCUACGACCCCAAGAAUUUUCAGGACCUUAAGGUGCCCCCCGACAUGGAGAACCUGUUCCAGUACAUAAUGAAGUACACUCCGCAGAAGAUCGAGCUAGAGGGGAGGCUGCGCGCGUUCGUGCCGGAGUGCGCGCCCGCCGUGGGCGACUGUGAUGCCCUGCUAAAGCUAAGCACUCCGCCCGCCGCGCCACUCGGUACGCCGUCUGCGCCUCCGCUCUCGGACCGCCUGCUCGAGCACAUUGACAACCUAGGCGCGGCGCUGCUGGACGAGCCGGCGGCCGCGCAGAGUGAGCCGGCGCUGCUGCAGCUGCGCCUGCGCGCGCUCGCUCGCUCCGCCGGCGGCAAGACUACUCUGACGAGGAAGAUCAGCGAGGCGGAGCGCAACCCGGCCGCCAUCGAGCGCUGGAUCCGGGACGUGGGCGAGCUGCACGCCGGCCGGCCGCCGCCCGCGCUCCUCUACACCUGUAAAAUGCCGGACAUCGACAGCCUGAUGGAGGAGUGGCCGGCGAGCGUGGAGGCGGUGCUGGGGGCGGGGGCGGGGGCGGGUGUGGGCGUGCCGGGGGCGGGGCUGCAGUGCUCGCUGGCGCAGUACGCGGCGCUGACGUGCGCGGUGCUGGACGUGCCGGUGCCGGGGCGAGGUCUGCGGGCGCUGCUGCAGGCGCUGCACCUGCUGUUCGCGCUCUACUCCGCCGUCAAGAGCUCGCAGCUGUACGCUCAGCGCCAGAGGGAGGCCGACGAGGACUCCGCCGCACACACUUAGC